AACAUUUGCGGAUAAGUCGCGAUAAUGCAAAGCACACCUUGGGCUACGGCUAAGCUGUGUAUGCACAGUGAGAACGGAUAACUGUCCCUCUUCUUCUAUUCUUCUUCUUCUUCUUCUUCUUCUGCUGUCUGUCUCUACGACAAUGGCGAAUUCUGCAACUUCACCUCCAAUUUCCUUCUUCUCAUCGUCAAUUUUCCUCACUACUACUUCUACUCAUCAAAACCCUAAAACUCUCUUCUCAACCUUCAAACCCAUCUCUCUCAAACCCCUCUUUCACUGUCCCAACCACACCUCCCCAAUUCGCUCUGAUCUCGCUACUCUCCCAAUCCUCUCCUUCGACGGUUCCAAAAUCGGCGAAACCACUCUCAACCUCAAGUCUGCCCCACCGGAAACCUCACGCGCCGUCGUCCACCGCGGCAUCAUCACCGACCUCCAGAACAAGCGCCGCGGCACCGCCUCCACCCUCACCCGCGGCGAAGUCCGUGGCGGCGGCAUCAAACCCUAUCCCCAGAAGAAGACCGGCCGCGCCCGCCGCGGCUCCCAGCGCACCCCCCUCCGCCCCGGCGGCGGCGUCGUGUUCGGCCCUAAACCUAGGGACUGGACCAUCAAAAUCAACCGCAAGGAGAAGAGAUUGGCGAUUUCUACGGCGAUUUCGAGCGCGGCGGUGAAUACGGUGGUGGUGGAGGAGUUUGGGGAUAGGUUUGAGAAGCCGAAGACGAAGGAGUUCAUUGCGUUGAUGAAGAGGUGGGGGAUUGAUCCGAAAGAGAAGUCGUUGUUUCUGAUGACGGAGGUUUCGGAGAAUGUGAAGCUUUCGAGUCGGAAUAUUGGGACUCUGAAGAUGUUGACGCCCAGGACAUUGAAUUUGUUUGAUGUUUUGAAUUCGGAUAAAUUGGUGUUUACACAAGCUGCUGUGGAUUAUUUGAAUGAGAUUUAUGGGUAUGAUUAUGAUGGAGAGACUGAAGUUGGAUAUGAAGACUAUGAAGAAGAAGAACAAGAACAAGAACAAGAAAAAGAAGGCAGUGAAGGAACUGAAGGAGAUGAGAAUUCUGAGACGACCAAGUAAUGCUACAGCAUACCAGUCCAGAUUACUUUGAAGAGUCUCUCUCUGCCCUCACCAAGGCCACUGGCCAUUUUGCAUUAUUCAUACUGCAACUGUAACAUAUUGCAGGCUGGUUUUUGGUUAUUUUCAAGCACCAUCUUUGUAGCGAUUUGCAGAGUCUCUUCCUUUAAUUCCGUACGUGUUUGUACCUAUUUGCCGAGUCUCUUCCUUUAAUUCCUUGCGUGUUUGUACCAAUUUGCACAUCCGUUACCAUUAGUCGUUCUGCUCUACAAUUCUUUUACCAUGUUAUGUCA